GAAAACUGUCAGUCACUGCAAACAUUGGUGCGAUAUACAGCUCCAAACGAAUACUUGCCAAAUUUUGCAUACUUCUUACCUUUGCACAAGUUGUGGUUUAGAAUUUUUYCAACCAAGUUUUCAAAAGGUCUGAUAAGGUCAAAAGUAAGCAAGCAAGCAUGCGACUAGCAGUUAUUGGAAUUUUUCUGUGCGCUCUGAGUGUGUCUGCAUUCAAGAAGCGGGAAAGUACAUUUGACAGCCAAAGCAGGUUUUUGGCAGACGCUGAUAGUAACGAAGAUAGCUUAUCCAAGAGAUGGUUGUUCAGUUGUGGCUUGUACAAUUUUUUCACUCACCGUUGCUGUGAUGGCAAGAAAUAUGCUCGCAAGACGCACGAAUGCUGUGGCAAAGAAAUCAUUAAUAAAGUUACGCAAGGCUGCUGCGAUAAAAGAGAAUACGUGCGUAAAACACAUGAGUGCUGUGAAAGCAAGGUUAUAUCCAAGGCUACGAAUGGUUGCUGCGGCGGCAAAUCUUACAUACGUAAGACCCAGGAGUGCUGUGAGGAGAAAGUCCUAGAUAGCAAAACCCACGGAUGCUGCCAUGGAAAACAUUACGCACGUAAAACGCAUGAGUGCUGCGGAAAAAACGUGAUUGACAUGGGAAAGCACGGUUGCUGCGGUGGAAAAUCGUUCGUGCCUAAAACUCACGAGUGCUGCGGAAAGAAGGUGAUUGAURUGGAAACGCAAGGCUGCUGUGGUGGGAAACCUUACUUGCGCAAAACGCAUGAAUGUUGCAAAGGUAAACUUCUCAAUCUCGAGAUCCAUGGCUGCUGCAAUGGUAAAGAAUACUCACGAAAAUCGCUAGAGUGCUGCGGCAAUAAACUUAUCCGUAAGUCCUUCCAUAGUUGUUGCAACGGCAAGAAGUUUUUAAAAGAGGUCCAGUUGUGUUGUGAUGGUGAAGUACAGUGGAGCAUCUUCAAUGAUAAGUGCGAGUUCCAAUACAAGACAAAGAACUAUAACAUUACUGUAAAAUGCACAGUGACAAUAGGAUGAUGAUU